GAAAGUGAACUUAGAAACACGAUUAUUUUUUGGGAAUUACACCAGGCAGAGUGCACGGGCUUUCAAGUCUAUGGUUUUCAAUAAAAGCGCAGAGCAGGGCACACUACCACGUUUAUUAUUGUAUACUUGUAAAUUCAUGAGUUCUUUCCCCUGCGUUAUUUACAACAACAAAGAGUACUGUCGGUUUUGGUUCGAAUUUUAAACUGUUUUAAGAAAUGUAAAAAUAAUGUAUUUAUCGCCUUGAUUAUUAUAAUUAUUAUUGAACAAAAAUUAUAAAAAAAUUCCUGUAUUUAUAUUUGUAUACGCAACCAAAACUAUACUGACAUUUACCUAGUCCAUAAAAAUGUGGAAGUUAGUCAAAAAGAUACGAAUCCCGAACCAAUAUCCGGCGCCGAUGGUUGCGUCCUGCAGAAUAGAAGAAAGACCGUCAUUGAUUUCAUUUCAGUUACCUGUAUUUGUGCUGUUGUGGUAAUUUGUAGUACGUAAUACCCCUAGUUUCUAUCCUUGGAAAAUUCAGGGCUCAUUAAAAACAUUUUAGAAUGACAUCGACAAUACCUGUUAAAAUAGAGAGAAUAUUGUUUACGUAAACUAGAAUCUAGAUCUACUCAAUCGUUGAGAGCCAACUGCUGCACUCUCCAUCACUCACACUCACCCAAAACACUCCUGAGUCACUGACAAAUAGUUUGUGUAGUGCGCUGUGAACUGCCUUCACUCUAUGGCUGGUCGAGGGAGGGCGCGGGGACGAGGGCGAGGGUUAGGCGACUCGGAGGCUUCCGCCCCUGGAGGUCUGGCUGCGAGGAACAGCGUUGAUGAGGAUGAGUCGACUCCUGAGGUUACUCAAAACUCCAAUGAGGGAGAGAGUAAAACAGCAAGUGGAGGAGUUGGACAGCCGACCUUGUCCCUGAACGACAUGAAGUCCAUCAUCGAAGACCCCCGGACUUACAGUGAGCAGAACGACGUGAAGAAGUUCCUCAUGUGCGCACGCCACUUCGUCAAGACGGAGGAGGAUGUGAAGACGCUCUCGUCCAUGCUCUACAACAACUGUCUCAGUGAUUCCAGCCUGGCAAAGCGGGGCUCAGAGAUCUGCGAUGCGUUGACCUGUAUCGAGGUCGGGAGUACAAAGUUCAGGAACUGCUUGCUCUCACUGGUUCAGGCCGAUUAUAAAGCCAGGAAAGAGCUGAUAGCCUCCGACCCUGCGAGGUUCCGUGGUUUCCUCGCCUUUCUCUGCGAAAUCUUUGGCGUGAUGCGGACAGCAAAUAACGAGGUAUUCAAGCCUUUAGUCAACCCAAUCUUCGACUGUUUCAUCCUUCCUCUCGGUCAAGAAGACCAGGAGGAGGAGGAAGGUGGAGAAGGGGGAGGAGGAGGAGGAGGAGGAGACAUGGAAAUGCUCAACGAUGACGUCUGUGAAUUGUUUGCCAUCCAGCUGCAGUCGGUGGGAAAACUGUUGGAGGAGAACGAGGAGGAGAGAAUGAGGCAGCUCAUGAACCGGAUCCGAACCUGCAUCAUCCACAGCAAGAGUUCGCCCCGGGUGAGGUGUUCCCUGCUGGAAGUACUGGAGAGCUACGCCCGCGGCUGGGAGUCGGCCGACAGUGAAACCACCAAGUUCUACUGCGACAUGGCCGUGGACAUGAUCUCCGGGCUGGUCUUAUGAUACUGCGCUGUCUGUCGGGGGGAAACGAGGGGGGAGGAGGGUGGGGUGGUGGUGGUUGAUGAGGCGACAGAGAGAUCGUUGAGUUCUGUGCUGCGACAUUGCUCACGAUGUGAACUUUGGGUUUCGACCUCUACGGUAUUGCCUUUUAUAGGGGAUUGGGAGGGAGGGGGGGUUGGUGUUUGUAUGUGUGUGUUUGUGGAUGUGUUUGGGAAUGAGAAAUGUUUUGUUUUUUCUUUUCUCAGUUUGUUUUGCAUUGUGUGUGAUUUGGUUGAUUUGCCUUUUAUUGACGUUCCGCUUUCUCGAUAUGUGUUGCAUCAGUGAAAUCAGGUGCUUGUCAAAAUGAUGAAAUUGAAGAAACUGUUACUUUUCAAUUAGGAAUUUUUUCUUUUUUCUUUUGGGCUCUAGCAUGUGUAGCGUGUUGUGUGUGUGUGUGUGUGUGUGUGUGUUAACUGUUACAAAUGUCCACUGAUAACAUGCCUAGUGUGUGUAUGUGACAUGUGUUUAAUGAAUAUCCAG